GAGAACCUGGUUGGGGUCAAAGCUAAGUCUUGGAACCACUUGCUCUAUAUAUGAGUGCCAAGUGAAUCCCCAGCAGGGAGAGACAGGCAGGGAGUAGACUGCUGGGCUCUUCCUCCUGUUGAAAAUUCACUGGGCACUGGAGGAGGAAAUUUUCCUUCUGUCUUCUGCCCUGAAUAUUUUCCCGAACAUGAAGGCUAUAAGUUUAUUCUUCUUGGUGGGAUUUAUAGGAGAGUUCCAAGUUUUUUCAAGUGCCUCCUCGCCAGUCAAUUGCCAGUGGGCUUCCUAUGCCCCUUGGUCAGAAUGCAAUGGUUGUACCAAGACUCAGACUCGCAGGCGGUCAGUUACUGUUUAUGGGCAGUAUGGCGGCCAUCCCUGUGUUGGAAGUGCUUUUGAACCACAAUCGUGUGAACCUACACGAGGAUGUCCAACAGAAGAGGGGUGUGGAGAACGUUUCAGGUGUUUUUCAGGUCAGUGCAUCAGCAGAUCUUUGGUUUGCAAUGGGGAUUCUGACUGUGAAGAGGACAGUGCUGAUGAAGACAGGUGUGAGGACUCAGAAAGCAGGCCUUCCUGUGACCUCGAUAAACCUCCUCCCAACAUAGAACUUACUGGACAUGGUUACAAUGCACUCACAGGCCAGUUUAGGAACAAAGUCCUCAACACUAAAAGUUUUGGUGGUCAAUGCAGAAAGGUGUUUAGUGGGGAUGGGAGAGAUUUCUACAGACUGAGUGGAAAUAUCCUCUCCUAUACAUUCCAGGUGAAAAUAAAUAAUGAUUUUAAUUAUGAAUUUUACAAUAGUACCUGGUCUUAUGUAAAACAUACAUCAACAGAACAUUCAUCAUCUAGUCAAGGACGCGUCCUCUUUUUUAGUUCUUCAUCUUCUUCGUACAGUUUCUCUUCAAAUACUGAAAAAAUCGAUAAGGAAAAGAGUUAUCAGUUGUUGGUUCUUCAGAACACUGUUGAAGUGGCUCAGUUUAUCAAUAACAAUCCAGACUUUUUACAACUUGCUGAGUCAUUCUGGAAGGAACUCUCCUACCUUCCCUCUCUGUAUGACUACAGCGCCUAUCGAAGACUGAUCGACCAGUAUGGGACACAUUAUCUUCAGUCUGGGUCCUUAGGAGGAGAAUACAAAGUUAUCUUUUAUUUGGACUCAGAAAAAAUCAAACAAAGCGGUUUUAGUUCAGAGAAGAAGAAGAAAUGUGCUUCCUCACAUUUCAAGUUUUUGUUUAAAUCAUCAGAGCACGCAUGCAAGGAGAUGGAAGAGACCUUAAAAUUUGCUUCAGGAACUCAGGGCAACGUGUUACGAGGGGUCCCAUUUGUCAGAGGGGGACGUCCUGGCCUUGUGUCUGGCCUUAGUUACCUGGAACUGGACAAUCCUGCUGGAAAUAAAUGGAGAUAUUCUCGCUGGGCAGGAUCUGUGACUGAACUUCCGCAAAUCAUAAAACAAAAGCUGACACCUUUGUAUGAGCUGGUAAAGGAAGUACCCUGUGCCUCUGUGAAAAGGCUAUACCUGAAACGGGCCAUUGAGGAAUAUCUCGAUGAAUUUGACCCCUGUCAUUGCUGGCCUUGUCAAAAUGGUGGCAUGGCCACUGUGAAGGGGACCCAGUGUGAGUGCCAUUGCAAACCAUACACGUUUGGUGUGGCGUGUGAACAAGGAGCCCUCGUAGGGGAUCAAGCAGGAGGGGUUGAUGGAGGGUGGAGCUGCUGGUCCUCUUGGGGCCCCUGUGUUCAAGGGAAGAAAACAAGGAGCAGAGAAUGCAAUAACCCACCUCCCAGUGAGGGUGGGAAAUCCUGCAUUGGAGAAACGUCAGAAACCAGACAAUGCGAAGACCAGGAGUUGGAGCAUUUGCGAUUGCUUGAACCACAUUGUUUUCCUUUGUCUUUGGUUCCAACAGAAUUCUGUCCAUCACCUCCUGCCUUGAAAGACGGAUAUGUUCAAGAUGAAGGUGCCCUGUUUCCUGUUGGGAAAAACAUAGUGUAUACUUGCAAUGAAGGAUACUCUCUUGUUGGAGACCCUGUUGCCAGAUGUGGAGAAAAUUUACAGUGGCUUGUUGGGAAAAUGCAUUGUCAGAAAAUUGCCUGCGUUCUACCUGCACUGAUGGACGGCAUACAGAGUCAUCCCCACAAACCUUUCUACAUCAUUGGUGAGAAGGUGACCUUUUCCUGUUCAGGUGGCAGGUCCUUAGAAGGUCCUUCGACAUUUCUCUGUGGAUCCAGCCUUAAGUGGAGCCCUGAGAUGAAGAACGUCCAGUGUGUGCAAAAAGAUGCCCCUUUGGCACCGGAAGUGCCUGAAUGUCAACGCUGGGAGAAACUGCAGAAUUCAAGAUGUAUUUGUAAAAUGCCUUAUGAAUGUGGAUCCUCCUUGGAUGUGUGUGCUCGAGAUGAGAGAAGCAAAAGGAUACUGCCUCUGACAGUUUGCAAGAUGCAUGUUCUCCAAUGUCAGGGUAGAAAUUACACUGUUGCUGGUAGGGAGAGCUGUACUCUACCUGCCUCAGCUGAGAAAGCUUGCGGUGUGUGUCCACUAUGGGGAAAAUGUGACGCCCAGAGCAGCAAAUGUGUCUGCAGAGCCGCCUCGGAGUGCGAGGAAACAGGGUUCAGCGUCUGCGUGGAGGCGAAUGGCCGGGAGCGGACGAUGACAGAGUGUGAGGCCGGCGUCCUGAGAUGCCGAGGUCAGAGCAUCUCCGUCGCCAGCAUCCGGCCCUGCGCCGCCGAAGCCCCGUAG